AUGGCAGCAAACGGCGGCUCAAGUCAUCUGCCCAGCUCCAGGAAUAGUCGUGCAAGUCUUCGAGCCGCAACAUUCAUCGACCCUUCCAGCGGAGAGCGAUUGAAACGAACAUUCACACUGCACGAUGGCCUUCAGCCGCCCGACCUGCCAGAUGCAGAGGAUGCCUCGGAGAGCUCUCCUCUGCUACCUGCAGCAAACACCUCCCAGUCCUCAAGACACACGAGUCGUGCCUGGGGGACCUUGGGACGUGUACAAAACGUCUUAUACGAUGCAUACGCCUUCGUUGUAUCGCCAAUAGGCAUCUCGAUCUUCAAAUAUGCUUUGGCAUAUCUGCUGGCCAGUAUGGGCACGUUUGUGCCCUGGCUCAGAGCGCUCUUCGGCCGGAGUGACACCAAGCAUCUCGUAGCCACUGUGGCCGUAUACUUCCAUCCUUCCAGAACAAGAGGGAGCAUGUUGGAAGCACUGAUCUACGCUUUCACUGCGUUCGCCUACACUGCAGUCGUAUCCGUUAUAAGCAUGGGAGUUGCGGUCCUAUUCGAUGAUAAGUUACAUCUCCUGAUUCUGGGUCAUGUCCUCAUCCUCAUUCUCUUCGUCGGAGGUGGUCUCGGUCUCAUUGCAUGGACGAAACUCAAAUUGAGUGAUCCGCUCAUCAACGUGGCUUGCUCUUUGGCAUCCUUGACCUUGAUUACGAUUCUGACCAAGGAGGGCUCUGUCCAAGCAGGAGAUUUCAGUGCAGAUAAGAUCUGGCAGAUUCUCAAAAUGGUCAUCGGUGGCGUGGUUGCCUCAUCGUUGGUGUGCUUCGCCGUAUUCCCGUCAUCCGCGAGGCAGAAAGUCAUCCAGAACAUGGUGGAGACAACGGACUGUCUCUCCGACAUGUUGGCAAUGAUCACUUCGAGCUUCAUCUCUGGCGACGAGUCAGAGCUCAAUUCCGAGGUGUUGGUCAAGGUGACAGAGCGACACCGCAAAAGCCUGAACUCGCUUGCACAGAACCUCGCAGAAGCAAAACUGGAACACUAUGUUGCAGGUGGAGAGCAGCGACUGAAAUUUGAAUACCGUCUUGCGAACUGCAUCCAACGUCUCAGUCAAAGUAUCGGUGGCUUGCGUAGUACCGCAGCCAUCCAGUUUGUUCUGGUCCAGCAGUCCUUCCCCUCCUACACUGGCAUGCAUCAGAGGAUCGGGUCUAUCGCGAGUAUGCCGUCCUCUCCAUCCGCUACUGGCAGGAAUAUGGCCCGAAUGUCUCAGAUAGACGAUGUUCUAGACACUUCACGACAGAACGGCCAGCCCAAAGAUACUGAACAGCCAUUUCGAACGCCAGCAGAGAUUUUUGACGUGUUCAUGGAUCAUUUAGGACCUUCGAUACGAUCCUUGGCUUAUACACUCAAGGAGAUCCUUGAUGAGCUGCCGUUUGACCCCGAGCACGACUUCGAGAUCACAGCGCAUCCAAAGUAUAAAAUCAGUUUACAACGUGCCAUGGACUUGUACAAGGCAGCUCGUGAAUCUGCUCUCAGUGCUAUAUACGCCCAAAGCGGAGAUCGCAACCGCCCAAUGGAGGUGCAAGCGGACUGGGAGGAAGCUGCCGCUUGCUGUGGUCAUUUCUCGAAUUCAUUGAUCGAUGUUGUGGAAGACGUACAGGACUAUCUGCAUAUCCUCGACGAGAUGCAAGAGGAUUGCUAUUACCAGACUCGACGGUCUUGGACAUGGCUCAAAUUCUGGCAGAAGGAUCCCCGUGGUCCAUCAGACAAGGACCUAAACGCGCUCGGGCCUGGCAGACCCAGCGAAGUCGACCUCCAGUUGAAGAAAGAUGAUGGCAAGACUGCCCAGGUGCCAACCGACAGCUCUUGGAAGGCAACGAAGAGGAAACACUUUCGCAUGCUGUACGAUAGACUCUCGUUUUUCCGACGAGCUGACAUCAAAUUCGCCAUCAAGGUCGGGAUCGGAGCCAUCAUAUACGCACUGCCUAGCUUCAUUGAAGCGUCGCGGCCGUUCUACAGCCACUGGAGAGGUGAAUGGGGUCUUCUGUCGUACAUGCUGGUCUGCAGCAUGACUAUCGGGGCAUCGAACACCACAGGCUAUUCUCGCAUCCUGGGUACCUGUCUCGGAGCAGUCUUGGCUAUUAUCGCUUGGCCUGUCUCCAGCGGCAACCCAUACAUCCUCGCGGUGAUCGGAUUCGCCAUGGCAUACUGGACCGGCUACAUCAACCUUGUCAUGGGAAAGGGUCCAAUGGCACGAUUCAUCAUGCUGACAUACAAUCUCAGCGCGCUGUACGCAUAUAGUUUAUCCGUCCAGGACGAGGUCGAUGAUGGCGAUGAAGAAGACGACUUCAACAAUCCACUCAUAUGGGAGAUCGCCGGACAUCGUGUCACAUCAGUCAUCGUCGGCUGCAUCUGGGGCCUCAUCAUCACUCGAGUCGUAUGGCCAAUCUCAGCAAGACAGAACGUCAAAGAAGGACUCUCUCUGAUCUGGCUGCGCAUGGGCCUAAUCUGGAAACGCGACCCACUAACAAUCCUCCUCGAAGGACACACCAACAUCCACCCAUACAUGGACCUAGCAGAAGAGUUCAAACUCCAACGCUUCGUCCGAAAACUCCAAGCCCUAGUCGACUCAGCAAAAUCCGAAUUCGAGCUCCGCGGCCCCUUCCCACACGCAACGUACACGAAAAUCGUCAACGGCACCGUACGAAUGAUGGACACCUUCCACGAAAUGAACGUCGUCAUCCCCAAAGACUCCCACGCCUCGCCAGGCCUCAAGUCCCUCCUCCGCGCAACAAAGGCAGAACGUGAGCAGCUCUGCAGUCGCAUCAGCCAUAUGUUCAGCGUGCUGGCCAGCUCGAUGAAGCUGGAAUUUCCGCUGGAUACGGAGAUCUUGCCUAAUAUUGAUCGAACGCGCGAUCGACUAUUGGCGCGGAUUUUUGCGUACCGGAAGGGGAUUGUGGAGGGAGGGGGAGUUGAGACGACAGACAAGGAUUAUAGCGUUGUGUAUGCUUAUGCGCUGGUCACGGGGCAGUUGGCGAAGGAGAUUCAGGGUACGUUGAAGUAUAUCGAGGAGCUUUUUGGGGUGUUGGAUGAGGAGGCAUUGCAGUUGCAGUGA